UGGUGCGUUCGAGUAUUCUCUGCGAGCCGACUCGGAUCUCGGAUCGGACGCCACGCCCACACUAAAAUCGUUUUAUUAUGUUUUGAGCGUAGGUCGUCGGAGAAAAACAUGGACGCCACCCGGAAAGCUAUUGUUGCGGUAGCAUUGGCCGACUACUACUACUAUUUUCAUUUAUAUUAUUUCAGGACUACGAAAUAAUAUAAAUGAAACGGUGCGUUUUCACCGUACGAAAACGCAGCCAUUUGAACUUCUACAAUUUUCACUUCAUUUCAUGUUUCAAUGUAUCUUCUGCAUAUGUAAGUUAUUACAGCAAUACGAGUGAUUGAAAUUGCGAUUUAAACCACCAAAGCGGUCCAAACACAAUGAAAACAGUUCACUGAAUGUCACACUGGGCGCAUCCAUCUUCAAUUCUAUCUCGGAACCCUCGCUCGGUCACCGCUGAGUUCAAACGAGAUGGGGAGAUCGACUUCCGAGGAAAAGGGGCGUGUUUGUGCGUGUCGCUAGGCAACGUCCUCGGAGCUCCGAGACGGAUGGAUAUUAAAACGCACCAAGAGGUUUACCUCGGUUGCCUGGAGCAGUUGAAGCUGUUGCUGAGAGACAACGAGCCUUCGAUCCGGACGCGAACCUCGGAGCUUCUCUUUCUUCUGGUCGCCCACAGUGUCGGCAGAGAGGCCUUCCUGUGCCGUGAUGUUCUCUCUCCUCUGGCUGAGCUGAUAGAUGAGUCGCAUCAUGCCUGUAAACUCAACGUCCACCGGACCCUGAACCGACUGGCCAACUUUCCCUCAGCUGCAAUGUCAAUGGUGUCUAUGGACCUGGUUCCACGCCUGGUGGCAAAUGUCAACGAGGAGGAAGACGAGGUCAUACAGACCCUUCUCCUCUAUACCAUCAGUCUGUGUUUGAGGGUGGAUCCCCGGCCCGCCCUAGCCUGUAAUGGGGUGUCUGUCCUGGGCAAGCAGCUCUCCACGCCCUCCCUGGGAAUCCGUAGAGCUGCGUUGAACGCUCUUCUGGCCAUCAGUGUACCUCUGGAGGGGAAGGAGAGGGUGUGUGAUGGGGGCCUCCUACCGUUACUGGUAAAGCUGCUGUCGGACUCGGACCCCGAGGUCCAGGCCAACGCUGCUGGUACCAUAAUGAACACUGUCAUCAUUACUAAAGGUAAGCUCCAAGCUCUGUCGGCAGGGGCCCUCCCUGGACUCCUGCUCCUGGUGUCCAGCGAGGAGCGGGCGGUGUGCCUCAACGCCCUGAAGGCCCUCACGGCACUGGCCGAGGCCCCUAGCGGCCGGCGCCAUCUGUUGGAACACGUCCCGGUGCUGAGCAGCCGGACGGGGGCCCACGAGGAUCAGGCGGUCCGGCGGGCUGCACAGUGCGCUCUCCAGGUGGUCACCUGGACGCCCUGACGGCCCGCUCUCAGUCCAUUCAGUCUCAGCUUUAUUAGACUGAUUGGCACGAAAGAGGAGAAAGAAAUGCAGGCCAAAAGCUUGCAAAAAAAACAACAAUAUAAUAAUGGGCUAAUAAUAAUAACGAAUAAAAAAUGUCUGUC